AUGUUCUAAACCCGCCCUCAUUUACCUUCUUAUGCCACAUCCUAGUCUGCUUAUAGGACGCAUUUUCAUAAUAAAGCAGGAAGUGAAACAAGGAAAGCAAUCGAUCACUAUUCCUAUGCCAUUAAUGAGGAAAUAGGGAGAGGAUUUAGUAGUAGAGUCUAUAAGGGGAGAGAUGAGAACACAACAGAAAAUGUGGCUGUUAAAGUGAUAGAUAUGAAGAUGGUCAAGCAGUCGAUUCAUUCCCAGCUAUUAAAAAAUGAAAUCAAUGCACUCAAAGCUUUUAAUCACAAAAAUAUUAUGAAACUCUAUGAUGUAUUUUAAACCUAAAAUAAUACAUAUAUCAUCACAGAAUUUUGCGACUCGGGCGAUCUCAAUAAUUACAUCAAGAAGAAAGGAAGAAUAGAUGAAUCUGAAGCUAUACGAAUAUUACAAGCAGUUGUUAGUGCAUUAAAUGAAUUGAAUAAGAAAGGAUAUAUCCAUAGAGAUAUUAAGCCAGCUAACAUUUUACUAAACGACAACCAACCAAAAUUAGCUGAUUUCGGAUUUGCAGUCCCUGCUUAUGAGGCUAGAAUCCAAGGCAGAAACUUUAAUGUAGGAACUCCUUUAUAUAUGUCUCCUUAAGCUUUAAGAUAGUAAGGACACACUGAAAAAGGAGAUGUUUGGGCUAUCGGUAUUGUAUUUUUUGAAAUGCUAUAUGGCAGGACACCUUAUAAUGCAUCCUCUGAAGCAGCACUAAUUUCCAACAUAUAACAUUAAUAAUUAGUUCUACCUUCUUCACCUAUGGUCUCUGAUGAAUCAAAGGAUUUCAUUCGUAAAUGUUUACAAAUAGAUGAAUUUAAAAGAUGGCGAGUUAAGGAUAUGACAGAACAUACUAUAAUGCAAUCAAGAAAUUUAAGCCCAAUAGAAAAAAGAGAGCCCUUGAAAUAAAUUCAAAAUAUCACUUUGCCAACUGAAAACUCUUAUGUAAAGAAAAUUAAAAGAAGCUAAAGUUAGAACAUCAAAGAUAAUGCAAUUAGAGAUUUCAAACCUCAAUAGAUAGAGGAAAAGCGCAAAUUACAUGAGGAAAAUUAAAAAAAGCUUGAAGCACAAAUAUAACGAUCCUCAAGCUAAAAUUAAUUACUUUUACCUUAAAAAAUAGUUAAAACCAAUGCUUUUGAAGAAUAGGUGCAACCUACUCCUCCUUUAAUGAAAUAAAAAUCCAUAACUCUAGAGUUCAAAUAAAAUAACGAGAUUUUAUUCUGUUAAAUCAAUUUCUGUCGUUUCCUUUAUAAGUUUUCAUAACAUUUGGCAACUUUAAAAGUAUUCCCCACUGAAAUUAGGGAUAAAUUGUUAUUUUUAAUGGGUAAAAAUAUGGCAAUUAAAAUAAAUAAGUUAUCUACGAUCUUAGAUAAAGAGAACAAAGCAGACAAUAUAUUUUAUUUGAAUGAUUUUGAAAACUAUAGAAAGAGUGAAUCUUAUAAAAGAUUCUGUUAAGCAAUUUCAGAAUAUCAACAGAAGUAUUUGAGACAUUUUGAGAAAACCCUAAAAUUGGCCAAUAAAAAUAAUUUCCAAAAAGAUUUAAUAAUUGGAGUGCUAUGCAAUAAUCAUUUACUUGAAUCAGAUUCCUUUUACAAGACAGCUCUCUAAUAUUUGAGAUUGAGUAUAACAGAAAUCAAAUAGAAUUUUUAAUUUAUUAAAUUUGAUAAACAGGAACAACUCUUACCAGAAGAUUUAUAAAUGCAUGCAUUUAUCUUUCAAGGGUUAAUGGGUUAUUAAGAUCUGAUACAGAAAGUGUUGGAUUAUCCAGUAGAUUAUAAAUAGUUUUAAAAAGUUUCCCAGCCUGAACUCUAUAUAGAAAGAAAACCAGGAUCUAUUAGUUAUAGUUAAUUAGAACAAUUAAUGUGA